AAUCAUUAUUGAACACACGAGUUGUUUUGCGUAGGUGAAUACGUAUCAUAUCUGUAAGAAUAGCAAGAGCAAGUAUGCUAAUAAGAUUACCGAGUUCUUGCAUGAUAUGAAAAGCACAAUACAGCAAUGUAGCCUACAUUUCAUUAGGUGCUCUAUCAUGUUGAGCACUGCAGGAGACAGUGAGAGCACCGCGCCUCCCUCAACCCCCGACAGCCCCAGGGACGUGCUGGACGAGUUCCUGCUGGAGAUGGAAAACCAGAAGAACGACCCAAACUCAUAUUUCACAGAACAAGACUUAAUCAAGACCAUCUUUGACCUGUUCACUGCCGGGUACGACACCACCUUCAACAUGUUGCGCCAACCAGCCAGAGGUACAACAGCGUCGCGUGCAGCACGAACUAUAGACGAGGUGGUGGACCGGGCUACUCUGCCCUCCCACGUACACCGAUCACAUUAUAUAAUAUUGCUGCCAUACCUGGACGCCACCAUCAAUGAGGUGCUGCGUGUGUCCGCCGUGGCGAGUAACGGUGUACCUCACGCUGCAGUGCACGACACCUACCUCGAUCAACACUUUAUUCCAAAGGGAACUAUUGUCGUAGCAAAUAUCGCAUUAUGUCAUUCUGAUCCAAACUAUUGGGAUGAGCCAGAGGAGUUUCGACCGGAACGGUUUUUGAAUGAGUCUGAACUGAGCGUCCCCAAGGAGGCCUUCCUGCCCUUCGGCAUAGGCAAAAGGAGUUGUCUUGGGGAAGCUCUGGCCAGGAUGGAGUUGUACGUGUUUUCGGCGGCACUGCUUCAGAACUUUACCUUUGGUGUUCCGGAAGGCCGGAGUGUGGACUUCAGUCCUCGAAUUUUUCUUGGCAAUAACUUUCCUAAGGACCAAGAGAUUGUCAUCAAGCUCAGGCACUGAGGCUUCUCAUGCUACGUAUGACGAAAAAAUUACUUGUGUGUGUGUGUGUGUGUGUGU